UUUCAGUUUUCCAUCAUUGGAGCUGGAUAGCAAAAUUGUCAAAAUUUAAAAAUUACAAAAGUAUAAAUUUAUUUUAUUUUGAUAUAAAAAUGAGUUCCCCCUCAAGCGAAGAUCCUGCUACCAGCAUCGAGAAAUCCGCGGGAUCGGAAGUUUCGGCACUCAGCAUAGGAAAUGAAUCACCGGCCGCGGGAUCCAGAGUGUCAAACCAAAUCGUAUCGGAAUCUAAUUCGUUACUUGAGGAUAUUCACGAAACGCAGAACGAGGAUUUUCUAUUAUUAGAUGGAAUUGAUUUUAUACCGACUGCUCCUGUGGCACGGUCUACAGUCAGCCUACGUUCAAAAUCGUCGGUCAUGUCCUUCCGACUGGAAGCUUUGUCUCGACCAAAAGCGUAUUGUGCGAAGGACACCCUCGAAAGGUUCCAGGGAUUGUUGGAUAAUAAAAGUAAGGCGAACCUUCGAAAGCAUAUAGAUGAGCAGGAUACUCUGAGAAGUAUUAUUGCUCGUGAGCACCUGAAAAAUUGCUUUCAAGCUCUAGCUCCGACGCCACAACCCUCCAGAACGAGAUUUGACGAAGCAAAAGCUUCACAAAUUAUGAAAAAAAUGGAAACCAAAAUGAAACGAGAAGCAUAUGAUAGGCUGGUUGCCAAAAUUAUCCAAAAACUUCCAAAAGUGAUCCUAAAUUCCGACAGCACCGAUCUGUCCAAGUUGAAGCCGGGGACACAGCGCAUGAUCAACGUCGUGUUCGCCACAAUAACACAGUAUAUCGGAAGUCCGCUAACGGUACACGACUGCCAACUGUACGUCCAGUUGUGCGUCGGGAUCACAAAAUUUAUAGGAAAUGUUAUUGAAUCCGUAAGAAGCGGAAAGGUUCCUGCCGCUGUUUGCAAGAAAGGAAACGGACAGACAACGAUGACUAGUAGAUUAUUGAAAGAAUUAUCUGAAGAUAUUGCAACAGCCCAAUGGUCGAGAGAAAUAUUGAAAUGCAGACGAAACUACACUUGAAAUUAACUUCAAAAUAAACUUGUUUUCAACGACCUAAACUCAUACUUU